AUGGACUCGCAAGAUGAGCAAUGCUUACCUAUCCUCGACUUCUCCCGUGAUAAACUAGUGCCAGGCACAAGUCACUGGAUUGAGACCAGUACAAAAGUCCGAAAAGCCAUGGAGGAGCAAGGUUGGUUUGUGGCAGAGUUCAACGGAGUCUCAUCAGACCUCCGGGACGAUUUACUCGCCGGGAUGAAGAACAUGUAUGAUCUUCCGUACGAGAUCAAAAUCAAGAACGAGAAUCACAAAGCCUCCCAUGGCUACAUGUCAAUGUUCGUCGACGAUUACCAAAUCCACGAAAGCUUGGGGAUCGAUUAUGCGACCGAGCUCCAAGCUUGCAAAGACUUCUCUAAACUACUCUGGCCACAAGGAAACGAUCCUUUCUGUGAAACCACACAUAUGUACGCAAUGGCACUAGCUGAGCUAGACCAGACAGUGAUGAGGAUGUUAUACGAAAGCUAUGGAAUUGACGAGAAGAAGCACUCAGCGAAUCAUUCAGAGUCAACUCGAUACCUGUUGAGGUUACUGAGUUACCGGAGACAGCAAAACGGUGAAGCAAACACUGGUUUUGUCUCGCAUACCGAUAAAAGCUUCAUGAGUAUCCUCCACCAGAACCAUGUCGCAGGUCUCCAAUUAAAAACCAUGACCGAUCAAUGGGUCGGGUUUAACCCGUCUCCGACAAGAUUCGUCGUUCUCUCCGGCAUGGGUCUAACGGCGUGGAGUAACGAUAGGAUAAAGCCGUGUUACCAUAAGGUAGUGAUGAGUGAAGAUGAGAUUCGAUACUCGUUAGGGUUUUUCUCCUUCCAUAAAGGGACGAUUUUUACGCCGGAGGAGCUCGUCGACGACCAAAAUCCCCUCCGAUACAAUCCUUUCGAGCACGACGGUCUCUUACGCUUCUACGAGACGUACCUCAAUUCCAUGAAGAAAUCCAGCGAAGACCUUCUUCAGAUCUACUGCGGCGUCAAGCCCUGA